CGCGAAAGGCAACACUCUCGAUAAACAAAAUUCUCAGAACAAAAGAAACUCUAGUUGCAGAUUACAGUGACAAGCUUUUCGAGGUAAUUUUUUUUAACAAUGGCUGAGACCAACAACAAUAAAGAGGACAAUCCUGAUUCCGAUGAUCCAGUCGUCAUUUUAAGAAAAUCCUGGUGCGACUAUUUCGAGUUUGAAGUCGAGUGCCCGGUGUGCUAUGACAUUCCGGAGGGAAAUAUUUUCCAGUGCACUGAAGGACACAGCUUUUGCCACAUUUGUGUAAAAAAGGUUGAUGUAUGUCCACUGUGUGACUCUAAGUUCACUGGAACUCGAAACCGGGUCCUGGAAAAACUUAUUCCUAAAAUUAUUGAAUUUAAGGAAUGGUUAAUGGACCAAUCAAAGGAGACCGAAAAAUGCUUGCGGGUCAAGAAAGUUUCUCGCUCGACGCAAACAUUAGAGGAACCCUCUGAGAAGAAGCUCGAGGCUGUGCCAGAAGCAAUAGGCGACGACAGCAACAAUAAUAAUAAUAAUAAUGAUGAUAAAAGUGAGGAAAAAUAGUAUAAAAAAUUUUAAAGCAUAAAAUUAAAUGUUGCAACUUAACGCAACAUUUAAGAAAUCUUCAAAUCCAAUUGUUAUGACUCCAGUCUGGUCAAUGUCCUUUGCCCGGAACGCUUCUGGAAAAUUUUAAUAUAUAAUUAAGUUUUGUAUUUUUAUAAAAAUGAAUAAAUAAAUAAUUA